AUGUCGACGCAUAAUGUCACAUACAUGAGAUGGCAUAAGGAAAAACGGGUAGACGAUGAUGUGAUGCGGCAUCCUGCAGAUGGGGAGGCAUGGAAAGACUUCGAUCGAAUGUUCCCCGAGUUUGCUGCUAAUCCCCGAAAUGUUAGAUUGGGACUUGCCACUGACGGAUUCAAUCCGUAUGGGGUUCUAAACCAACACCACAGCACUUGGCUGAUUUUCGUAUUCCCAUAUAAUUUGCUGCCUUGGAAAUGCAUGAAAAAAGAAUACAUGAUGAUGACUGUUUUGAUAACUGAAGAUCCUGGCAGGUCAAUCGAUGUUUACUUAAGGCCGUUGGUUGAUGAGCUGAAGGAUUUAUGGACAAACGGUGUUCGAACGUACGAUAAAUCAACUGGGAAGAUGUUCACUUUGCGGGCAGCAGUUAUGUGGACUGCGAAUGAUUUCUCAGCAUACACAAUGGUUUCUGGGUGGAGCACAAAGGGUUAUAUGGCAUGUCCUGUAUGCAAGGAAGAUGUAACUUCUGGUUGGCACGCUGGAAAAGUUUGUUACCUUGGUCAUCGGAGAUGGUUGCCAUGGGACCACGAGUGGAGGGAAAAAGAUAAAGAGUUUGACGGGAACACAGAGCGUCGCCUCAGACCUAGAGAAUGGUCCGAUGAUGAGAUAUUGGACCAGCUUAACCAUUUGGAUUUUGCUCCAUUCGGGAAAACAGUUAGUCGGAUCAGACCUUCUACACAUAUGAACUGGACGCACAAGCCUAUGUUUUUUGAGCUCCCAUAUUGGUCGAAACUCAAAUUGAGGCACAGUCUAGAUGUGAUGCAUGUUGAGAAAAAUGUAUUCGACACAUUGGUGGUUACGAUUCUAGAUAUCAAGGCCAAGACAAAGGACACGAUUAAAGCUCGUCUUGAUUUGGAAAGAAUGGGCAUACGAAGGGGUUUAUGGAUGAAUAGGGACAGUGAUAAAGCUAGAAGGGAUCUUGCAUUCUUUUCUAUGAAACCGAAUGACAAGAAAGAGUUUCUAAAGUUUGUAUCGUCUGUAAAGUUUCCCGAUGUAUAUGCUUAUAAUAUCGCACAUUGCGUGAAUGUUGACGGGGGUAAAUUUGCUGGACUUAAGAGCCAUGACUGCCAUGUGUUUAUGUAA